GCCAAUCAGAUCGCAGGACGCGCCGCGCGCUGGAGUCUGGAGAUUCAAACUCGCUUGAGUUUACUGUGGUGUUUAUUGGAGUUUACCUCGCUCGUGUGUGAAUGUAGGACUCUGAGUGACAUGGAGGCUUUUACCGUCAAGAGUCGCAUUAAGAGUCUCCUGCGCUCGCCGUCAAUCAAACUCAGAAAGAACCGCAGCGGCCGCAUCAAAGAGAGUCUGUCCAACAAGGUGACUCUAGAGAAAGUUCUGGGCAUCACGACUGUGCGAAGCAGCGAUUUAACAUGCGAUCCGUGUUCAGGAACGGUGGCCUAUCCGGCCGGGUGUGUCGUUGUGUUACUGAACCCGGCCAAAAACACACAGCAGCAUCUCAUCAACUCAUCCAGGUUUGUAGAAAUGUGUCGCUGCAUCAGUGUCUCAGCAAUGGAUGCUCUGCAGUGAAUGGGUGCCAUCAGAAUGUCCAAACAGCUGAUAAAAACAUCACAAUAAUCCACACCACUCCAGUCCAUCAGUUAACAUCUUGAGAAGACAAAAGCUGAAACAAAUCCAGCAUUAAGACGUUUUUAAUGUCUAAAAUAUGAGUCCAAAAUUCAUAAUAACUCUUCCUCCAGUGAAAAAGUGUUCUGGUCUGAAUCAGGAGAGAAAUCUGCACAGAUCAAGCACCGUUUACAGUCCAAAACAGCUCUAAAGAAAUAUGUGGCUGGAUUUUGAUGUGAGAGACAACAGGAGGUGCACUUUUUCACUGGAGGAAGAGUUAUGAAUUAUGUACUCGUAUUUUAGACAUUAAAAAUUAGAGUUCCUAAUGCGAACACACAUGCACAUAUGCAUGUUAUAUAUAUAGUUACAUGUGUAAUAUCACAACUAUAUGUCAUGGUAAACCAGUCUACCUCUUGUGAUUUAAAAUGGUUGUGUAUCUUUACUUACCACUCAAUUAUAGCAUAUGCGGAAAACUAGAAAGUUAAAACCCUGUAUGAUCUCGCAGUACCAGUUAUACUGAGCUUCAUCUUCUGACUCAAACUGAAAGCUGCCGUUUUCUUCAGACAUCUGGUUUGAUCUGUUGGGUGGAUGAACAUCUUGUAGAUGAGUGUAUUUUCACUGCAUGUGUGUUUAGUUUGUAGAUAAAGCAUUUCUUCCUAUGCUGCUACUAUGAAUGGCUUUUUAAGACUCUUUAGUCUAUGAAAAAAGAUGAGAAACUGUUUGACACAGAGAGAAACAAUAACAAAAUGAUCAUAUUAACAUAAGCUUUAGCAGCAGUGUUUCUGUCAUUGGUGAGUAUUCAUUCACUGCAUUUUCCUUUGAGGAAUUUUAAAAUACAGUUUAAUAUUUUUAAAUCAAUCCAAUAAAUGAAAACGUGAGCUUUGUCUCAAAACAUAAUCAAUGAUUUUCACAUGAAUCCUACUAUCAGCUGUUGAAUAGUGCUGUGUUUUAGCUGCUGAUGGUCAAAACUCACCAGAUGGCGCCACUCGGUAAAUAUGAGUCAAAGAUAUUGGUCAAAUC